GUAAGGACCAGGAAACCACACGGGUGUUGUACAUCUCUGCAGGUGGAGGUUCCUCCAACCCAGGAUCCUCUGCUGAUAUCUUCUAUAUAAGAGAAGUUUCCUGAUCAACCAUGGAGAGAGACAGGAACAAGAUGGCCGACAGGAUAAUAGACCUCACCCUACAGAUACUCUUCCGGCUUACUGGAGAGGAUUACACAGUAGUGAAGAAGUCCUCUAGUGGGCACUGUCGGGCCCCUGUGUGUGAAGGAUGGGGAAAAACUCUGAGCCCAAUCCCGGGGCCCCCACCUCACUCCCUGAUACAUGAGGAAAUGGAUGAACAGAAGAUCCUAGAACUCAUCAAGAUGAUGGAGCUGCUGACUGGAGAGGUGCCUAUAAGGUGUCAGGACGUGGCGGUCUAUUUCUCCAUGGAGGAGUGGGAGUAUGUAGAAGGACACAAGGAUCAGUACAAGGAUCAGGUGAUGAUGGAGGAUCAGCAGCCCCUCACAUCAGCAGUCAGAUCCAGUAUGAGAGCAGCACCAGAGCGGUGUCUUGUAUAUCAAGGUGAAAAUCUCAAGUGUAUUAAUGCUACAGACAUAAAAGAAGAAGUAGAAGAGACAUAUGUGAGCGGUGCUGAGCAGUAUAAGGAGGACAUUCCUACAGGGGAAGAUCUGAUCUAUAUUAAUGCUAUAGACAUAAAGGAAGAAGAGACAGAUGUGAGCGGUGAUGAGCAGUAUAAGGAGGACAUUCUCACAGGUAACCGCCCAGAUGACUGUACCAGGAGAUCAGAGGAGAAUCUUAUAUCUUCAGAUUAUAAAGCAGAUGAUGAUAUCACACAAGAUACAUAUGAAGAACAUUCCAUUAUCCCAGAUACACCCUCAGCUCUUCACAGCCAAGAUCUGUCAUCUCAUCCUGUUAUACAAGUUCUAUCUACUGAUUCAUCAGCAUAUGUUAAGCAAAAUAAGGAGAAACUAUUUUCAUGUUCAGAAUGUGGGAAAUGUUUUUAUUAUAAAUCAAGACUAGUUGAACAUCAGAGAAUUCACGCAGUUGAGAAGCCAUUUUCAUGCCCAGAAUGUGGAAAAUGCUUUACUCUUAAAUCAGAUCUUGUUAGACAUCAAAGAAUUCACACAGGAGAGAAGCCUUUUUCAUGCCCGGAAUGUGGGAAAUGUUUUUCUCGAAAAUCACAUCUUCUUGAACAUCAAAACACUCACACAGGAGAGAAGCCAUUUUCAUGUCCAGACUGUGGGAAAUGUUUUGCUCAGAAAUCAUUUCUUGUUAAACAUCAAAGAAUUCACACAGGAGAGAAGCCUUUUUCAUGCCCGGAAUGUGGGAAACGUUUUACUCAAAAAUCACAACUUAAUAUUCAUAAAAAAAUUCAUACAGGGGAGAAGCCCUUUUCCUGCCCAGAAUGUGACAAAUGUUUUAUUCAAAAAUCACAUCUUGUUAAACAUCAAAAAAAUCACACAGGUGAGAAGCCAUUUUCCUGCCCAGACUGUGGGAAAUGUUUUAUUGGAAAAUCACAUCUUCUUGAACAUCAAAAAAUUCACACAGAUGAGAAGCCAUUUUCCUGCCCAGAAUGUGGGAAAUGUUUUGUUCAAAAAUCAUAUCUUGUUAAACAUCAAAAAACUCACACAGGGGCGAAGCCAUUUUCCUGUCCAGAUUGUGGCAAUUUGUUUACUCAGAAAAUGACUCUAAAGGAACAUCAAAUAAUUCACACAGGGGAGAAGCCAUUUUCAUGUCCUGAAUGUGGGAAAUGUUUUAAACGGAAAAAAAAUCUUGUUGAGCAUCAAAGAACUCACGCAAGUGAAAUGCCAUUUUCAUGUUCAGAAUGUGGGAAAUGUUUUACUCAGAAAUCAUAUCUUGUUAAACAUCAAAGAAUUCACACAGGGGAGAAGCCAUUUUCAUGCUUAGAAUGUGGAAAAUGUUUUACUCAAAAAUCACAACUUAAUAUUCAUCAAAAAACUCACACAAGGGAGAAGCCCUUUUCCGGCCCACAACUCACAGAAAAAAAUAUUUUCUUGUACAAUAUGUCCUUUUAGGACAGAGUAAUGUCUAAUUACACAUCAAAAAAUUCACAAAGGAAAAACAAAACCUGUUCUUCUUACCAUCCAGUUGUAUUAUUAUGUCCUGUAAGUAUGACUGGUGUAUGGAGUGGGCUCCACAUUUGCCCCCUUUCCAUACCUGGAGGCUCCUGGCUGCUUUUAAUAGCUGAGGGGCACUGCAAAUAGCUGACAUAGUUCAAAAUCGUGAUUAAAAAAAUCCCUUUUCCAAUAAAGAGUAAUCAUUCAAGCCCCUACCGGGGGCGGAGCUUGUGGCAGACCUAGGCAGCUGUGCCUUCUCUUAACGCCUUCUACAGACCUGUGUUUCUGAGGAAUUCUCUGUGGCAACCAUUAGAAAAGCAGCUGGAUUUUGACACCAGCAGAUUCCUUAUCUUUCCUGCCACAUUUUGGUACCUUCAGCCACCACUUUGAGCUAUGGGAAAGCCAUGUGGCUGAGGAGAACCUAGUAGGAGCCAGCACCAUCGUGGACACUCUGCUGCUGGGCUGAAUAAGGACCUGCAGUGCCUCUCUGUCUGCUCAAAAAUAGUGGAGAUAAAAAGAGACAGAAUGGCGCUUAUAGGGCCGUUAUCCACAGUAUAGCGAGGGAGGGUGGGGGGUAGUGGUGAACAGUCGGUUAUUUACUUGCUCACCUGGUAGUGUUGCACGGCAGGCACAACACUGUUUUUGGAUUUAGAAAUCCUAAUUCCCGGUGGCAGCUUUCCAUCUGUACCGUUAGGCAACGGUUCAGGUACAAGUAAGGGAGAUGAGGGUUUCCUGGCUGGGAUGCCUUCAUCCGAAAAAUUCCGACUUCAGGAGCGCUCGACCAGAGAUUACACAAUUCUUGAUUUGUGCUUCCAGUGUUUUUUAUUACACACAGAAGAAUCAGCGGUGGUUACAACGGACAACGCGUUUCAAAGGGUAUUCUAUUCUUCAUCAGGUCCAUAAACCUUUUCUGCUCAGGGACUCUCCUUGGUGCCGUCUCUUACUUUGGGCCCAGUAUAUUCUGAUCCUCAGUGCCUUAUCACGAACAAAAUGUUCCGAACACUGGGGCAGUGGAGUACCCCUUGAUAAGGAAAUGACAACGUGUAACAGCUGGACCAAAUUAAAAAUAAAUUAUUAAUUAAUUAGGCAAGAUUACAAUGAAACAUGCAUACACGUAGCAUCUGACAACAAUCUUCCCGGAAUAUGAAAUUUGAUCACAUAAGAGACUGUCUUCAUACUGUAAAUUGUCCAUAGUUCAGCCAAUCCGGAGACAAAGAAAGUAUGUGAGUGCUAUAGUCUUCCUUUAUCUUCCUUAUCUUGACUCAGUUGGUCCUUGGCAGGGCGUGAUGACAUGGGUGUAUUACACUCAUAAGCAAAACGUAGGUGUACAUUUUGUAAAGAAAAACUAAAUCCUCAUGACAAAGCAAAGUGUAAUUGUUUCAUUGUCUCUUAAGAAUCAACUUAAUAUUAAACUAAGAAAAGUGGUAGAAAUUCAUUGAUUUCUUUAACAUCUCACCCUUUUGAUAAUUAUCACACAUAUAUUAAUUUUUAUUAGCACAUCACACAUAUAUUAAUUUUAUUUUGCAUUUCUCGUCUCACUAACAUCCUACCUAUCCGAAACUGACCCCUUAGAUAGAUGGAAUAUCACAGAUUACACAGAUAAACUGUAUAAACCAUCGGAUGUUGUAUACAUACAUUUCCACCUACCUAUUAGUGGUCAGUUACUCUAAACAUGCACCAAACUUUAUUGAUAAAACACACAUUAUAUAUUCUAACUAAAUAGAUGACUGACAUUGGCCAACGAUGCACCACAACACAGGCCCAGGCUGGGUCACUGGACUUUAAGAGCCUGACUCUGUGUUGGUUUCCACGCACUGGAUGACAAACUUGAUUUUUUCAAAACCCAAACUGCUAUGGUGCAACUGUGGGACCCUCUUUCAGAGAUUAUGUCUUCCACCUGUCUUUCAGAAUAGCUCGAAGGUCUGCAGGAAAGCCAGCUAGUUGAGCUGGGCUAUCAGACGGUCAUCUCUGAGGCUGUGAUGUCAUCUGUCAGGGAGUGUGUGUGUCCACUUCUUUACUACAACGAGAAAUACAAAACAGUAAAAUUUUCCAAGCACUUAAACACAUCAAUAUUAAUCCUAUUACUACCUCUAUGGGUUUUAUAAGGUCUGAAAGCAUAUUAUUAAACCAAACGCCAAUAGAACCCAUCCAGGAUUUAUCUGCAGCUGGAAACAAUUCUCGCUUAUGUUUGUUUCCCCCAGAAAAUGUUUCAAAUAAUGAAAUAUUUGAGCGUGGUCUAAUGGCUGGUACAACUCUUCCUAUUGUACAGUUACACCAUGCUCCCAUAGGAAGCCAUGAAUAAGCCCUGUUACCACAGAUGUAAUAGAGCCCCUGCUUUAGGACCCUAGGAAUUAUCUUACCAUGAUUUCCCAACCACUUUUGAAACCAUACUAUGGUACAACUGAGUUUUACAGAUCCAGGACAGGCACACCCGGGGGCAAAAAAAGCUUUAACAGUUGGACAAAACAUAAACUAUUACAGCCGCCAUCUCUCAUAUCACAAGGCAUCUCUCUGUAUUCCAUAUUAAAUAUCGGGUGGUAUUUUUACAAUUUGUUUCUCCAACAUAUUCCUUGGGCAAACUAACAUGUCGACCUUUUAAUUUUUGCUAUGUGAUUCAGGUACAUGGGACCUAAACAUAUUGUGGGUGUAGAGACAAUACCAGCAAUUUCUAGAUAUGUAUCCUGUUCUGAGAGAGCAUUAUGGGAAGUGUGAUCAACAUCUAUUUGAACAUCAUAGCUAUAAUCUAUGAGAUUCAGAUCAUUCAUUGAUAUAGGGACACCUUAUAGAGGGAUCCCCCUGUGGGUAGUAGGGAUAUGAGAACAGACCCAGCAGUCAGUCGUGUUCAGCUGUUUGGCAGUCUGCUGAUGUAGAAGCCAGAUUGAAUUUU